AUGGCGGAUGGAAACAGUUUAACGACGUGUCGUGUCGUGCUCCUCGCUCCUCUCUAGAGUCUUCCCCCUGGCGGCGGCCCAGCUCUUAGGUUCGCCCUCAGCCACACUCUCUCGCCUACGAUGUGAUUGUAUGCAGUCCAGAGGGGAGUUGGUACCAACACUCCGUAUCCAUGGCUUUUAUGGCUUCUAUGGCUUCCAUGUCUGGGCUCUGUGGGCUAGGCUGGCCUGUUCGGACUGCCACCACUCGUUCUCUUACAGUCUUCUAUUCCUUUGCCCGUUCCGUCCGUCGUCUGUCUGAAUACAUACAUACAAAAAAAAGUCCAACCCUGCAUCGAAACUUCAUCUCAUGCUGUACAUCUGCUUUCUUCGUAAGCCGUAGGAGCACGACAGGAACUCCUUGGAUACAUUACCUCCAUUAAGACGCAGGCGAGCUAGCGACCUCUGCAAUCUCUCGCGGAC